CUUACGAAAGUGGGCUGUCGCUGUUUUACUUCCGAGCAGACAGAUAGGAAUCGUCGGUGGGGCAUCAUCGAUUCUCAUCAAAUCUCCGUGGAAUACAAAAGCUGCCUGACACUCGAAAGUUGUUCGACAAAAGAAGACAUUAGCCCACUCCUUCACCUUGCUCUUUCCACACUUUUCUGAGCCAGCAGACGAACACACCCGACCACAAGGACAAAACAAAAGACAAGUCAUCCAUUCGACAAUCAUGGCCGGCUCCACGGAUUACAGCUUCGAAGGUUGGAUGGGCCUUGACAAGUCCUCUGCUGAGGGCAACAUGGUCUGGCAAAAGUUCCCGAACCCCAAGACCUGGGAGGAAACGGAUGUUGAUAUCGAGAUCUCGCAUUGUGGAAUUUGUGGAAGUGAUAUCCACACACUGCGGUCCGGCUGGGGUCCAACUCUCUAUCCAGUCUGCGUCGGCCAUGAAAUCGUCGGCAAAGCCGUCCGUGUUGGAUCGAAAGUCCCAGCGAGCAGAAACAUCAAAGUUGGUGAUCGCGUGGGUGUAGGAGCUCAAGCUCUUUCGUGCCUGAAGCCCGAUUGCGAAGAGUGCGAGGCUGGUCUUGAGCCUUACUGUCGGCACAAUAUUGGUACUUUUGGCUCCAAGUAUCCUGACGGCUCAAUCAGCUAUGGUGGCUACGCGGACUACAACCGGACGGACUCUCGCUUCGUCUUUCGCAUCCCAGAUGGAAUAGAAUCGGCGGACGCCGCUCCCAUGCUGUGCGGAGGUAUUACGGUGUACAGUCCAUUGAAGCAGAAUGGUUGUGGACCCGGGAAGAGGGUCGGCAUUAUCGGUGUCGGAGGUCUAGGACACUUUGGUGUCCUGUUCGCAAAAGCCAUGGGCGCCUCGAAGGUCGUCGGGAUCUCUCGAAGAGCCGAUAAGAGGGACGAUGUGCUAAAAAUGGGAGCUGACGAGUACAUCGCCACCGAAGAGGAUAAAGACUGGAACAAGAAGCAUGCUCGAUCGCUGGAUCUGAUCGUCUGCACUGUUUCUUCUCCGUCGAUGCCGUUGUCGAAGUACUUGCAGCUUCUCCGCACCAAGGGCGAGUUCAUCCAGGUCGGGGCGCCGGAGGACAAGUUGCCUGAUAUGAAUGCUUUUGCUUUCAUCGGCAAGGGUGUCAAGCUGGGUGGCAGCAUGAUCGGUUCUCCGGCAGAAAUUGAAGAAAUGCUUCAACUUGCCGCGGACAAGAACAUUAAGCCUUGGAUCAACAAGGUGCCCAUGAAGGAUGCCAACAAGGCAAUUGUCGAUAUGGAGGCUGGAAAGGCGAGGUACAGAAUUACCUUGGUCAACGAAAAGCAUGCUUCCUAAGGUUGGACUUGAGCUGCAGUUGCGGGGAAAUUCUCAGGCAAAUAACAAAAUCAUCUUGACGAUAGACUGGGAAUAAUUCGAGCUUCGUGGCCAAUAGUUACUCUUGUUAUGGCCAUCAAGGUUGUCCAUCAACAUCUCAGAACCAAUCAGGGAUGUCGAUGGAGCACCGCAUUCGAGG